GGGUUUGCUGGCAUGUCACUUUGCCAACAUACCGUAACAGCCCAUAGCAUGCACAAAGUGCAAGCUGGUGUGUUUUCGGUAUUUCCUCCUUGUCACCACUGUAAGGCUUGUGCUCUUGGCUUGUGGCGUCGCAUACUGAUCCACUCCAGUCUGAAGAACUGUUUAGAGAGAGAGGUUUUUUUCACGAGAGGAUAUUUCUAAACUGUGUGGAUACUCGUGGAACUGAGGGUUAAGGAUGGCGUGGCGUGGUUGUCUUGUGAUGUGGGUCGCUGUCUGCCUCGUAACACGGCUCCGAUUGGUCACAGCACAGAACGACCGAAUUGAUUCUGGGGAGAAUGACAGACCCCCAUGCGACCAGCCGCCCGGCAUCGAGAACGGCAGCUAUGAGGCCUACAACCACGGCGCAUCCGUCUCGUACUCGUGUGACGAGGGGUACCAGAUGUACACGUUCGGUAGUCGCGAAAGGCACUGCCAGGAGAAUGGGAGAUGGAGCGGUAGCACACCGGUCUGCUCGGCUGGGGGAUGUUCGGAAGACGACGCACCCGUUGUACCAUUCUCCUCGGUGAGUCGAUACAACGGAGGAACGGUCCGUUGGCACCGCUGCCACACCGGGUUUGAGCCCCAGGGCCCCGGGUCCACGGUGACCUACUGCGACGGUACACGCUGGCGCAACCAGCUAUCGCAGUGUGUGCGAGCGGUGCGAGCGGUGCGAUCGACUGCGACGUGCGGGCUGGCACCCCGGAUCGAGAACGCACGAGUGACGCAAGGCGCAGGCGGACUGGUUACCUACACGUGCGCACAGGGCUACAAGGCGAGACUUGGUGUUGGGAGCAUACGAUGCGGUGCGGAUGGGCAGUGGAUCGGAUCACCUUCAGUGUGCAUACGCCAGGGUUGUCAAGUUCCGAGGACUACAGCUGUUCAGGACGGCAUCAUCAACAUCAAGCAUGAAGGAGCAAUGCUGAAGAUCGGGUGCCGGUCUGGGUACGAGAUAAGGGGUUCCUCGGUGCUCUUCUGCAACGGCCGGGUGUGGAACGGGACAUUACCAACCUGUCAGUUGCAGAGCGGCGGCUAUCCUGCUACGGUACUGGAAGGCGAUCGCUGUGGUACUGCACCCAGAGUAGAGAAUGCUAACCCCCCUGUGUAUGUAAAUAAAUAUGAUGCGUCCAGGACCUUCUUUUACGCUAUCACUUACAGAUGUCACCAUGGCUUUACCUUGUACCCAUCCAACUAUGCAGUGUACUGCUCUGCUGGCAGCGUUGUUGGAACACCACCAAAUUGCCUAUCCACUUGUGGUUAUCAAAAUGGCGGCUGCCAACAGAUAUGCAGGAACGGAGCUGACGGCGCAAUUUGCUCGUGCCGGGACGGGUACAAACUAGCUUCAGACGGCAAGACAUGCCAAGGCCAGGGUUGUCAAGUUCCGAGGAAUACAGCUGUUCAGAACGGCAUCAUCAACAUCAAGAAUGCAGGAGCGAUGCUGAAGAUCGAGUGCCGGUCUGGGUACAAGAUAAGGGGUUCCUCGGUGCUCUUCUGCAACGGCCUGGUGUGGAACGGGACAUUACCAACCUGUCAGUUGCAGAGCGGCGGCUAUCCUGCUACGGUACUGGAAGGCGAUCGCUGUGGUACUGCACCCAGAGUAGAGAAUGCUAACCCCCCUGUGUAUGUAAAUAAAUAUGAUGCGUCCAGGACCUUCUUUUACGCUAUCACUUACAGAUGUCACCAUGGCUUUACCUUGUACCCAGCCAACUAUGCAGUGUACUGCUCUGCUGGCAGCGUUGUUGGAACACCACCAAAUUGCCUAUCCACUUGUGGUAAUAGAAAUGGCGGCUGCCAACAGAUAUGCAGGAACGGACCUCACGGCGCAAUUUGCUCGUGCCGGGACGGGUACAAACUAGCUUCAGACGGCAAGACAUGCCAAGAUUUCAACGAGUGUUCAACUAACGUUGGCAGAGGACCCUGUCAGCACAUAUGUUACAACUCCCCGGGAAGUUUUGUUUGCUAUUGUCACUCAGGCUUCAAUUUGGCGCCCGACAAAACCUCUUGUAUACAGAACCAAGGUAGGUGUAACUGUGGCGAACACGGUGAGUGCGUGUACGCAUGGGGUGUUGCUCGAAGGUGUCGAUGUAUUGCGGGAUACAAGGCAAGCACGGAUGGCUUCCACUGUCUUGUAAUGCCAUGCAGUUGCGGCGCUGGCACCAACACUUGCUCCCAGCCCGAUGGCCAGAAAAUCUGCACCUGUCUUCAGGGCUACAGACCCGCUGUUGAUGGGACAAGCUGUGUCGACGUCGAUGAGUGUCAAGAGAGCAGGAAUAGUCUAGCCGACUGCCAGGCGGCGUGUUAUAAUACCCAGGGCUCCUACAGCUGCUCUUGCCCACAGAGGUGGCUUCGUCUCGCCGCUGAUGAACGUUCCUGCGAAGAAAUCCCAUGCAGUUGCGGACGAUACUCCACUUCCUGCUCCCAACCCGACGGCGUCAAGAUAUGUACCUGCGCUGACGGCUAUAAGCCCGCUCCCAACGGUGCUAGUUGCGUCGAUCGCAACGAGUGUGUGGAGUCUAAUAUCUGCCAGGGACAGUGCACCAAUACGUGGGGUUCCUAUAACUGUAGAUGUACAGAGUCUGGGUACCGACUCGCCGCUGACCGUCACAGCUGUGAAGACAUUGACGAGUGUCAGAAUUCCAGGUCACAUGACUGCCAACACGCAUGCGUGAAUGUCCCCGGUACCUAUCGCUGCGACUGUCCACCUGGCAACAUCCUGAUGCCUGAUGGGAGAUCGUGUCAAGAAUGCAGGCCCAACUCGUACCGCAACGCCACCGCCAAUGAGUGUCUGGAGUGCCCGGCCCAUUCGCGAACCAUCGGCAGGGGCAAGGCUUCGAUCCGGGACUGCCUGUGCUCGCCCGGCUACACCGGAGACUACACUUCUGAUAUACCCUGCAAAGAUAUUAACGAAUGUGAGCAGGACAACGGAAAAUGCAAGCAGCACUGCAUCAACACUCCGGGCAGCUUCUACUGCGCAUGCCCGAACGGCUACAUGCUGAUGGACGAUGGAUCGACGUGCCAAGACCACAACGAAUGUUCUCAGAGUAAUGGCGGCUGCCAGCACCAGUGCUUCAACACAGGGGGUAGCUUCGUCUGUGACUGUAACGAUGGUCAUACCGUGGAUCCCUCGGAUCCCUACCUCUGUGCCGACAUUGAUGAGUGCCGAGAGAGCGGGGACGGUCUAGCCGACUGCGAGGCAGCGUGUCGUAAUACACUGGGUUCCUACUAUUGCCUAUGCCCACAGGAGUGGCUCCGUCUCGCAGCAGACAAACGGACCUGCGAAGUAAUGCCAUGCAGUUGCGGCGCUGGCACCGACACUUGCUCCCAGCCCGACGGCCAGAAAAUCUGCGCCUGUCUUCAGGGCUACAGACCCGCUGUUGAUGGGACAAGCUGUGUCGACAUCGAUGAGUGUCAAGAGAGCGGGAAUAGUCUAGCCGACUGCCAGGCGGCGUGUUAUAAUACCCAGGGCUCCUACAGCUGCUCUUGCCCACAGAGGUGGCUUCGUCUCGCCGCUGAUGAACGUUCCUGCGAAGAAAUCCCAUGCAGUUGCGGACGAUACUCCACUUCCUGCUCCCAACCCGACGGCGUCAAGAUAUGUACCUGCGCUGACGGCUAUAAGCCCGCUCCCAACGGUGCCAGUUGCAUCGAUCGCAACGAGUGUGUGGAGUCUAAUAUCUGCCAGGGACAGUGCACCAAUACGUGGGGCUCCUAUAACUGUAGAUGUACAGAGUCUGGGUACCGACUCGCCGCUGACCGUCACAGCUGUGAAGAUAUUGACGAGUGUCAGAAUUCCAGGUCACAUGACUGCCAACACGCAUGCGUGAAUGUCCCUGGCACCUAUCGCUGCGACUGUCCACCUGGCAACAUCCUGAUGCCUGAUGGGAGAUCGUGUCAAGAAUGCAGGCCCAACUCGUACCGCAGCGCCACCGCCAACGAGUGUCUGGAGUGCCCGGCCCAUUCGCGAACCGUCGGCAGGGGCAAGGCUUCGAUCCGGGACUGCCUGUGCUCGCCUGGCUACACCGGAGACUACACUCGUGAUAUACCCUGCAAAGAUAUUGACGAAUGUGAGCAGGACAACGGGGGAUGCAAGCAGCACUGCAUCAACACUCCGGGCAGCUUCUACUGCGCAUGCCCGAACGGCUACAUGCUGAUGGACGAUGGAUCGACGUGCCAAGACCACGACGAAUGUUCUCAGAGUAAUGGCGGCUGCCAGCACCAGUGCUUCAACACGGAGGGUAGCUUCGUCUGUGACUGUAGCGAUGGUUAUACCGUGGAUCCCUCUGAUCCCUACCUCUGUGCCGCUGUGACGUGCAGUCCAUUGGUCCUGUCGGAAAACAUGAAUGUGUCCCCUAGAGACCAUUGUCUUGGUACCCACGCCACCAAUCAGAUCAUAGUUGGAACCACGUGCCGACUCGGCUGUAAGAACGGUUACGAGCUGCAAGGAAACGCCAGAAAGACCUGCCAGAAUACCGGUCGGUGGUCGGGCGAGCCAGUAGCCUGCAAUCCUGUACGUUGUCCGGGGCUACAGCAUCCCGAUCACGGCCUGGUGAGUCCGCCAUCGUGCCUGCAGGACGGCGAGAUCGAGUUCAGCGGCAUCUGCGCCUACUCCUGCGAUGAAGGCUACACGCUGAUUGGCUCUUCCUUGACGAAUUGCCAGGCAUGCGGGGAAUGGUCCAAUGAGAAGCCGUCUUGCAGUGAGGUUUCCGAGGUAACUUGCCCACGGGACGUGUCCGUAGUGCUGGAGCCAGGCGAAUCACACGCCGUAGUCGACCUGCCCAAGCCGGUGCACACCUUAGACCGUCUGGAGGCCAGCGUACCAGCCGUCGGUCACCCGUUCCCUGCCGGUAGGACCACGGUCACCUACACGGCCUGGAGCAACUCCACGGAAUCUUUGGCCACGUGCUCUUUGACCGUUAUCGUCACAGAUGAGGAACCUCCAGUCUUCGAGUUCUGCCCGGAGUCCUUCACCGUGAACACCCAGGAGCAGUACCCAGAGAUCGAGUGGGAGCCCCCGGUGGCCACCGACAACGUCGCGGUGGUGGGGAACAACACCUGGAUCUCACCGGAAGGCCGUUUCACGUGGGGCACGUACACCUUCCUGACAGACGUCCGUGAUGCGGCAGGCAAUUCAGCCACCUGCAAGUUCAGCAUAUCCAUCCAGACCGUCGUGUGCGGCAAACCGAACGGCCCGCUGAACGGGGAGAGCGGCUGCUCUGAUUGGAUGUUUGGCAAGAUCUGUGAGCCCCGCUGCAACCAAUCAUAUUACUUCUUUGACGGACCCCCGGAAAACGUGUACCUGUGCGGCUUCUUUGGCGUGUGGUGGCCUUCGCGGGAGGUACCAGACUGCAGUCCUUACAGUUACCUCGGCAACCAGACAACUUGCCCGACUGGUACUGAGUUGAAGUCGUUCACAGUGCUUGAAGACCCUGUGUGCAUUGCUUGCCCUCGUGGUAUGUACUACUCGGCCGCAGCGGGCUCGAUGCCCUCGUGUCUGCCGUGUGCCAUGGGGACCUAUCAGGGGGGAUUCGGUCAGGAGUCCUGCGUGUCCUGUCCGGCCGGUCAAACCACCGCCACGGAAGCCGCCAUAAGCAGCAGCGAAUGCUUCCUAAUUGAAGAAGUGACAGUGGCAACGACCACGACCCAACCAGCUGGCCCGGUCCAGUUGAACGAGCAUGGUGUGAGCUAGCUUUCAGAGCCUCCCAUCGUCACGAUGGAUCUUGCCAACUCUAAGAAACUCCAACAUUAUCAUAGCUUAAAACACAUUGUGUCAAUUUUAUGUUACACAGAAAAUAAACUUCCAUUAACAAUAAAAGUAUAUGAAGUUACAGGUUUACGUAUGUACUUAAAUACUUUUAUGUAAUAAUAACGAUUUUGUUAAUAAUAAGUAAGUUUAACCAACAGUACAACUACAUGUUUCUUUUUUAAAUAUGCCAUAUAUGUGGAUUCUGAUAGAGGAAGACAUGCUCUAUCAAGUCAUUUCAA